GUUUGGCGCCGGAGUGUGGGGGAGUUUAAGAGAGAUCGUGUCCUGAGUAGAGUUGCUGGAUUUAGCAAAUAAAAAUAAAGGACGUUCAGUUAAAUUGGAAUUUCAGAUAGACAAUUUUUUAGUCUAUGUCCAAAAUGUUUUACGGUACAUCCUUAUAUUAAGAAAACUCCUCUUUUAUCUGAAAUUCCAAUUAAACUGGACGUCCUGUAUUUUAUCUGGCAACCUUAGCCUUGAGCGCCCCCCUGCCCUGGGCUCUGGUAUCCAGUAGCAAGACUGGGAUCCUCUAGGUCUGUGUCCGUUUGGGAAACAGUGAGAGAAAUGGAGCUGUCCCUGUGGUACAACUGGAGCCUAAUUCCCAGUCUCCUUCCCCUGCUCUGUCCACACUCGCUGCUGCAGUCAGCUGGCAGCAUUUAUGGUGGGCAUUUAUUAAAGUAGAUGCCUUUUCAGAGGCAGCCAUGAGUGCCAGGUGGUGCUGAGAGCAGUGGGGCAUGGCUGCAGCUCUGCAGAUCCUGCCUCGUUUGGCCCGAGCUCCCUUGCGCCCACUGUUCUUGGGGGGCCCAGUGGCCCGGUUGGCCAGUGGCAUGGCCCUGGCUGAGCAGGCGCGGCAGCUGUUUGAGAGCACUGUGGGUGCCGUGCUGCCAGGCCCCAUGCUGCACCGGGCACUGUCCUUGGACCUUGACAGUGGGCAGCUGAAGGUGCGGGACCGGAGCUUUCAGCUGCGGCAAAACCUCUACCUGGUGGGCUUUGGCAAGGCUGUACUGGGCAUGGCAGCUGCAGCCGAGGAGCUACUGGGCCAGCAUCUCGUGCAGGGAGUGAUCAGCGUUCCCAAGGGGAUCCGUGCUGCCAUGGAGCAUGCUGGCAAGCAGGAAAUGCUGCUGAAGCCACACAGCCGUAUUCAAGUAUUUGAGGGUGCAGAGGACAACCUGCCUGACCGUGAUGCACUGCGGGCUGCACUGGCCAUCCGGCAGCUGGCUGAAGGUCUCACAGCUGAUGACCUGCUGCUUGUGCUCAUCUCAGGAGGGGGCUCAGCCCUGCUGCCCGCCCCUAUCCCACCUGUCACACUGGAGGAGAAGCAGACGCUCACUAAGCUGCUGGCGGCCCGAGGAGCCAACAUCCAGGAGCUGAACACCAUCCGGAAGGCCUUAUCCCAGCUCAAGGGUGGGGGGCUGGCUCAGGCUGCCUACCCUGCCCAGGUGGUGAGCCUCAUUCUGUCAGAUGUGGUGGGGGACCCUAUGGAGGUGAUUGCCAGCGGUCCCACUGUGGCCAGUGUCCAUAGUGUGCAAGAUUGCCUGCACAUCCUCAAUCGCUAUGGCCUUCGUGCUGCCCUGCCACGUUCUGUGAAAACUGUGCUAGCUCGGGCUGACUCUGACCCCCAUGGGCCACAUAGCUGUGGUCACGUCCUCAAUGUGAUCAUUGGCUCCAAUGCACUGGCACUGGCUGAGGCCCAGCGGCAGGCUGAGGCACUGGGAUACCGGGCCAUGGUGCUGAGCACAGCCAUGCAGGGUGAUGUAAAAAGUGUGGCUCAGUUCUACGCACUGCUGGUCCGAGUGGUUGGAGCCCACCUCACUCCACCUGGGCCUGGAACCUCUGUGGAGGAGGAUGAACAACUCUAUGAGCUGGCAGCCAAGCUCCAGCUCCCAGACCUGCAGCUGAAGGAGGCUCUGGAGGCUGUGGCAGGGGCUGGGAGCCCCGUCUGCCUGCUGGCUGGUGGUGAGCCCACAGUGCAAUUGCAGGGCUCAGGCAAGGGUGGCCGAAACCAGGAACUGGCCCUGCGUGUUGGAGCAGAGCUUGGACAGUGGCCACUGGGGCCCAUUGACGUGCUGUUUUUGAGUGGUGGCACGGAUGGACAAGAUGGGCCCACAGAGGCAGCUGGGGCCUGGGUCAUGCCUGAGCUUGCCAGCCAGGCCACCACUGAGGGCCUGGAUGUGGCUACUUUCCUAGCCCACAAUGACUCACAUACCUUCUUCAGCCGCUUCCAGGGCGGGGCACACCUGCUGCACACAGGGCUGACCGGCACCAAUGUCAUGGAUGCCCACAUCCUAUUCCUGCGGCCACAGUGACAGCAUAGGUCAUGUUUUGGGAGUCCAGAGGAGGCCUACAGGGCAGUAUCCUGGGGCAGAGCAGGGUUGGUCCCCAGGGCCUCACCAGGCCUUAGGGCUCCUCCUCUGCUUGGCCCUGGCUGCUUUGUUGGCCCUCACACUUCCCACCCAGGGCCUCUUCUCUGUGUCCCUUUCCCCAACCAGACUGGCAGGUGGGGCCUCUCUUCUACCCCUACUUUUCACCAUGGCAGCAGGUACCCCUGAGCACCGGGAUGAACCUCUUGUUCACUAUUGUGGAUUGUUUCCCCCAGGCAGCACCUCUGCCGAGCUCCUGAACUUGUUUUUUCUGUUGUGUGAAGCAAGAAGGACUGAAAAUAAAAAGGACCACACUGGGUUCUCAGUGCACUUACCCUCAAAGCAAAGCCUCCCGGGAGCUUCUGGGAAGGGGAGAGAGGUUGGGCUAUGGCCCCAGCACCAGGACCCUACAGGAGUUCCCCACACCCCUCUCUGCAGGGCACCCUCAGCACUUGUUUCACUUAAACAGGAGCAUGGGAGGGUUGAGCCUGGCUCCCAACAUGCUUGAUGUGGGCACGCGGAGACCCCAGGGAGGACAGGCCUAAAGACUGGUCUGUGGGGUUUGGAGGGACUGGCUGGCCAUCCCCCUGUGAUUCUUGCCUGUGACAUCCCUGCUGUGGUCUCUCCAGCCUCAACUGUAUGCCUCGCUGGGCGCAUGCUGACUACCUGCCACCGAGGAUGUCCCUCCUUUCUGUCCAAAGAAGACAGCCCUUAGCCUCAGACUGCACAUUCUAUGGUUGAGCUGCCCUCUGUUUAUCCAGGGGCUACCCCCAGCCACACAGGAUGCUGGACCUUAUUUCCUUGUGGCAGGCCCAUUUUCCCAAAAUGAACACCCCCCCAGUUCCUUCAGCAGCUCCUCUGGGGACCCAGUCCGGUUCCUGGUGCCAGCCUUGCAGUGGGAGUCUCCAGUGCUGUGAUGGUAUGUCAGCACAGUGUUGGGGUCCAGGAGCCCCCUGCCCCUCCCCCUGUUAAAGCUGGCCAGGGAAGAGGCCAAUGGAGAGGAAGGGCUCUUUGUCUAGGCUAGUAGCCUGCUCUGAGAGAGGGAGGGGCUACUGUUCUGGCUCUCCUUGGGCCCCCUUGCUCAGUAUCCGAGCCCUCCGCUGGCCACCCCCGCCGUGCGCCACGGCUCCAAUCCCUAUAUGAGUGAGCAGUAGAAUCACAUAGGAAUAAAAAGCCAUAGAGAACAGCGAGGCCUGGGGCUGCUCCUGCUGGCCCCUCUUCCACCCCAGCCGCCCCCUCCUCUCCGAGGGUAUGAGGGGCUCUGGGCCAGGGCUGGCAUGCCCUCCCCCUGGGAAGAGCCUCCCUUCCCCACUUGGGCUCUGGACAGCCCAGCUUGCAGACAGUUCAUGCCCUGGGGAUAUGGCUCACACUCCUUGGGCUGGGGAUUGGGAGGGAGGUAAACAAGGUGAGCAGGGCCGGGGAGAUUUAGGGAAGAGGGGAGUUUGCACCCCUCUGUGAUGCAGGGGCACUACUUCCUUUCCUCUGUCCUGGCAUGGAGUUUUCACUGACCAGACGUCAUAGUAGGGGAUAUUGUCCCCACAUGGCAGUGCCUGGGUCCUGGUGCUCCUCUGGCAACCUUUAGAUAUUCCUUGAGUCUGCUUCAGGGCUUCCCUUGGGAGCAUGAGUAUUAACACUAGGUGUCAAGUUCCAGGCAAAGCAGAAUAGGGCUGUGGCUGUAGUAGAGGACCUGUCUGCCAUGUCCCCAGUGUGUGCGUGCGUGUGUGUGGUGGCAUGUAAGCACACAGAUGUUGGUGUUGGCAUAUGAGGAGGAGGAAUGCAUGUGUGUGUACCUGUAGAUGUGCUGCUGCUUGUGUACAUGGCUGCUUACAGGCUGUGAGGGGUUUGGGCGUGGAUGGGGUCUUGCCAGAUGCUCCAUGUGCCACCUUGGCCCUGCCCUGUGCCUGUGUCUGUGGGCGCUGGGAGACCAGGGGCUGGACUGGGCCUAACCCAUUAGAUUUGCUCACUUGGUACCCCGAGAUGAGAAAGGAUAUAUUUGGCUGUAAUCUAGAUGAAAAUAUGAGAUAAACCCUACAUGGCGAGUGUUCAAUGAGACUUAUGAUUUGCUCCAUAAAUGUCAACCAUGGGUCAUUAAAGCACUGCUCUCCUGUG